CCUCAAACCAUGUUGUAAAAGGCCGCGCUGUCGAUUGUUUUUUAAAGAAACCCCGCAGCCAAUGGUUUGUUGUUUUGGUUUGUCGGCCAGCCAAUGGAGGCGCGCUUUGUUGCACGGCAUCGUCGAAUGAAGUGCGACCGUUGUUACUGAGCGCUCUGUUUCCGUUUUGAUUCCCCCCCCCCUUCUUGUCCUGCUCAUUGGAACCUACUCUCAUUGUUUUGCGCUUCGCGGGACAGGGACUCUUGGUUUAGGGGGGGAGACACCAUGCCGGAGUUUCUGCAAGACCCGUCGGUUCUCACUAAGGAAAAGCUCAAGAGCGAGUUGGUUGCGAACAACGUGACUUUGCCGAGUGGGGAGCAGCGGAAAGAUGUAUACGUGCAACUGUAUCUCCAGCACCUCACCUCCCAGAACAGCGGCACCCCUGACUUCUCCAGCGACGAAGAGAGAGAGGCCACCCCUAUGAGGGGCAGAGGCCGCCCGCCGGGAAGGAAAGCAACAAAGAAGACUGACAAACCUAAAGCUGAAGAAAAAGAUGACCCAGAUGUUACAGAACUCAGCAAUGAGGCUCUUAAAGAAGAGCUCCUUAAAUAUGGAAUGAAACCAGGCCCUAUUUUAAGUAAUACCAGGAAAUUGUAUGAGCAAAGACUUUUUAAACUAAAGGAACAAGGUCUGGCAUCUUCUGCUCUUCCAGCUGAUACUACAAAAGCAGACAACAAGCAAAAUGGAAACACAGAUUCUGAGCAAUACAGUGAUAAUGAAGAAGAGGCUAAAGUAGAGUUGACUUUUGAAAAGAGAGAACCACUGAGGGGAAACCCAAAGCCACAAGUAACAAUGCGUAACAGACGGACUGAAAAAACUGAGACUGUAUCUGAAGAUGUGGUUACUGAGGCAGCUUGGACAUCUGGACCUGUGAAAAGUGGACCUGUGCAGACUGUUUAUAAGGAGUCAACUAAAAUAUCCAGACGAACCCCAAGGAAAAAGGUGGUAGCUCCAGAUCCAGUCCUUUUUGAUGAUGCAGACAUUUCAGAGGUCCCUCCUAUAUCUGAAUUGGUAGUACCUGCAAGCAAUCAAAUUUUUGCUUAUGCUGAAAAUGAGCAUUUUGAAUCUAGUAAGGUUGUUAAUCGGGUGCCUGGAAGUUUGAAGCAUGCAGAGACAUUACUGUCAGUCGGCGAAAUCUCAGAACUGACGAGAAGGACCCCAAAGAAACAGCUGAUCAGUGAAAAGCAUUUGAACGUAACACGUGAAACGGAAUCAGGUUCUUCUCAAAUCAGGUUGAUUGAUAGUAUUGGUUUUUCAAACCCCACUGAUCUUCUAAACACAGCUCUAAUAGAGAUUGUAGAAAAGAAUUUUGAGGAGAGAAGAACUGAAAGAGAUAUUCUUAAAGAAAUGUUUCCAAAAGAAUUUUUAACUCCAACUGGAAUCAGUGCCAGCUGUCGCAGGCCAAUAAGAGGAGCCGCUGGGCGACCAUUAAAUGCCACAGAUUUUAAAACAGAUGAAACCUAUACUUCAAAAUAUGUUUCAAAUGUUUCAAAGUACACUCCAGCGGUGGAGGCGAAGUCUGCAAAAGUGAAACCUGGACGAUCGUUACCUGCAUGGAUAAAGAUUUUACUGUGUAUCAUCUUGGUUGUCUUUUGCUUUUUAGUCUAUCAAGCUAUGGAAACAAAUGAUGGAAUAGCAUUUUCUAAAUUGUUUCUCGGCAUCACAGAAUCAAACAAGACUGAAAACUGAUUUUUAAUUUUUUGAGGGGGGGGGUUAAAUUACAGUUUAUAUUUUUAACAACUCAAGGAUUAAGAAAAACUUCCAUUUGUCCAAUACUGUCUGAAAAUAUCACCGCACUUCAAACUUUUGUACAUUAAUAAAGAUGGUACGUUUGGA